ACCAUCAGCACCUUCCUGUCCAAGCGGAAGAGGAAGCUCUUCGUGGCAGACCUUCGGUUCAUCUCCGACUGGGUGGUUAUCAUCUACAGCCUUUUCAUCGUAGGUUUCUUCAUCGUGGUCCAGCAGUCCGUCUGGGACCUUUCGGCGAUGGUCCAAGAGCUGCCUACCUACUCUUCCUCGGCGAAUUCCGAGCAGAUGGAUACCUACCAGCAGAGCUGGACAUCUAUCCUGGACAGCGUGGACAUGGCCGCUUUCUACUUCGACUACUUUCGUGUGGCCUUGUUCUGGUACACGCUGGUGAUCGCCACGCAGUUUGCGAAGAUCUUCGCUGGUCAGCCCAAGCUGGCGCAGCUUAUGUCGGCCUUCACGCACGCCUCCGAGGACUUGCUACACUUCUCCUUGCUUUUCUUCGUGCUCUUCCUCAGUUUCGCCAUCGGCGGCUUCAUGAUCUGGGGAAUGGUCAUGGAAGAGUGGUCUACGCCUGGCAAGGCUUUAAACAGCACGCUGCGUGCGCUGCUGGGCAAUGUGAACUUGUCGGAGAUGUUCUUCUACUCGCAGUUCGGGACUGCGGUAUGGUACAGUGCUUUCUUCGUCUCCAUGCUGAUCAUCACGCUGAAUCUCUUGGUGGCUAUGGUCUAUGACCACUACACCAUCAUCAAGGCUCGUGCCGGUGCCGUCUCCGGAGUUCUGGAGCAGCUGCACUGGGUUGGGAAGGACUUGGCUUCCCGGCUUAAGGGUAUGAGCUGCAUGUCGAAGCUGACCUGCUGCUGUCGGCGUGCCGUGCGCCAAAUCCCAGAGCAGAAGGUGCUUUUGGAGAUGUUCAUGGAGCGGGCCAACCUCCCGACGUACGAGAAAGCGAUGAUCCACACCACGGUGCUUGGUGCGAGAUGGAUGCGGAAGGAACGCGAGAGGUCUGUCUUCUCCGGCCAGGACACCUCCCUCGAUGUCGCAGUCAAUGAUCCGGUGGGACCCGAUCUCGCAAACGCGAACAUGGAUCAGGGCUAUGCCGAGGAGCUGGCUGAGCACUGCAAGGCUUUCUCGGACGCUGCCUACGAUCCAGAGGAUGCCCGGAUCUCCCAGCUGCGGCAGCUUGUCGCCACGGCGGAGGAUGAGAUAGUGGAGAUGCGGCUGCGGUUGCAAGCCUGUGCAGAGUACAGCCGAGCUUCCAUGCACACUCUGACGAGGACGGACAGGAAGUCGGAGGCUGGCUCAGAACCCCGCAUGCGGCGCGUGCGGAGCUGGUGGCAGGCUGGCGAGCGCCUGGCGGUGGCCAAAACUGCCGAGGGCCUGGAGGAGAUCCUUGAGCGGCAGCUGCGCGGUGCUUUUGGCCAAUCGCCAGCCCCGCUCGGAAGUCUCUACUGCUUCCAGUGGAUGCCGCGAAGCACCCCUGGCAAGUCUCGCGGGCUGUCUUCAGUCGCCUACCUGUUCGAGCUCAUCAUGGACAACGAGUUGCGGGAUUUGGAGCAGAUGAUAGAUACGACGCAGAGCAGCAGGGAUUUCGCCCAGUUUUUCAAGGGCCUCCUCCAUGAUCGCCGCCGGGAACUCGAGGAGGCGGUGGAAGCAGCGGGCAUGACGCCCGAGGACAAGCAGCGCCUUUUGGGCAUCCUGGCGCAGAAGGCGACGACCCUGAAGGCCGAGAAGAAGGCUUCCGGCGUUUCUGUGGCGGUGAUCUACUACUCAAUGUAUGGGCACAUGACGGAUAUGUGCAAGGAGAUGAAGAAGUGCAUGGAGGACAGCGGCGUGCAGGUUGACAUGUUCCAGGUAGCUGAGACGCUUCCAGAUGAGGCUCUCAAAGCUAUGGGUGCUCCCGCAAAGCCCGGUGACAUCAUGACUUUGGACCAUGCCAGCAUUGGCUCGUUGCUCCCCGAGUACGACGGCUUCGUCUUUGGCGUUCCGACGCGUUUCGGAAACAUGUGCGGCCAAAUCAAGCUCCUUGACUGUAGCGCGGUGCUUAGUCCGGGUGAGAUAGAGGUGUGA